AUGUAUCCCAUACAGAUCUCUAGAACAGACUUAAUGUUUUCCUUCGCAGCGGGGAAGUCGGACAAAGAGAUAUUAGAUAACCUACUGAAAAAUUCCCGCUAUGACAAAAGACUGCUGCCACCAGUAGAUGGUGUACUCACCGUUAAUGUUAGUGUGCUACUUCUAAGUUUAGCAUCUCCUGACGAAUCUAGUCUUAAAUACGAAGUAGAAUUCCUUCUGCAACAGCAGUGGUACGAUCCUCGGCUUCGGUACUCAAAUCAGUCACACUACGACUUCUUGAACGCCAUCCAUCACCACGAGGAUAUCUGGUUGCCUGAUACUUACUUCAUCAUGCACGGUGAUUUUAAGUCAGCAAUCACAUAUGUAUGGAAAAACGAUGAAGACACCCUUCGAAAGUCACCAUCACUGACGACACUGAACGCCUACCUCAUUCAGAACCAGACUAUUCCCUGUCCCAUCAAAGCUAGUUGGAGAGCUGACGGUAUUUCACUUUACGAAGAUGAUGAGGAGCUGACAUGUAAUCUUUGCCAGAGACGAUUUGAGGAGCAAGGUAACUACAGCUGUUUAAAAGUCGACCUAAUAUUUACUAGAGACCGAGCGUUCUACUUUACAACUGUAUUUAUUCCCGGAAUUAUUCUGGUGACAUCUUCGUUCAUCACGUUCUGGCUGGAAUGGAACGCUGUGCCAGCCCGUUCCAUGAUAGGUGUUACGACAAUGUUGAAUUUUUUCACAACUUCGAACGGGUUCCGUUCUACUUUGCCGGUGGUGUCGAAUCUUACGGCUAUGAACGUAUGGGAUGGGGUGUGUAUGUGCUUCAUAUACGCAUCGCUGUUGGAGUUCGUCUGCGUAAACUACGUGGGAAGAAAGAGGCCCCUACACAAUGUCGUAUACAGGCCCGGGGAAAAUCCAGUUACACAGCGACUGCCCGCUGUCCUGAGCAGAAUUGGCAUUAUACUGGCCAGCCCCUUGGAGGCGAUGGCAUUCCUCAAUUGGGCAAUAUCAGAUAACCCCCAACCGGAUACUAGUGGUGCCGGUGAUAAAAAACGAGAAUCAACUGGUGCUGCAGAUUUGGUCACUUGUGCGACAUGCACAGGUCCUCCCGGUUCCUGUACUCACACUACCAACAACGGAGGAGUAUCCGAGGUUCGCAAAAAAGAACCGCCGCAUCCGAUCCGAGUGGCGAAGACCAUCGACGUCAUCGCCCGAAUCACAUUCCCCACUGCCUACGCUGUUUUUCUAAUCUUCUUCUUCAUCCACUACAAAGCGUUCUCUUAA